AUGUCUCGCCGAAACAGCAGCGUGGUCGCCGUCGACCCUGAGCAGCAACGAAAGAUCUCAAUCGCGUUUGCAAACAAUGCUCAGAUCACCGCCGAUGCCAAUAAAGCCACCCAGGCUGAGCAGAACAUGACUUUGAUGCAGGGUAUUCGGCUGUACCCAAAAGCCGUCGCCUGGUCGGUUCUGCUCUCCGCAGCCAUCAUCAUGGAGGGUUUCGACAAGGUUCUCAUAGGACUUACCAAUGGAGCUUAUGUUGGAGAAAUGCUUGGUCUGAUGAUCAAUGGUAUCAUCGCGGAUCGAAUUGGAUACAAAAAAACUAUGAUAGGCGCUUUGUUCUUCGUGAACUUAGGUAUGUCGCAGUUACAGGACGUUUUCAUGGGCAUUGCUGACUUCUUUGUAGCAAUCUUCGUUGUUUUCUUCUCGAAAAAUAUAGAGACGCUGACGUGUACCUACGCAGCUGAAGUUUGCCCGGUGCCACUCCGUCCUAUUCUCACAACAUACGUCAACCUCUGCUGGGUCAUCGGUCAGUUUUUAGCAUCGGGUGUUCUGAAGGGUGUCGCGGAGCGUUCCGACCAGUGGGCAUACCGUAUCCCCUAUGCUUUACAGUGGCUCUGGCCUGUUCCUCUCAUGAUUGGCAUUGCUUUCGCUCCGGAAUCACCUUGGUGGCUCGUCCGGAAGGAUCGAGACGAUGAUGCGAAGAAGAUGCUUCUCCGCCUCACAUCUCCUGCUAAGCAUCCAGAAUUCAACGCCGACGAAACUAUUAGCAUGAUGCGCCACACCAACGAACUCGAGAAAGCUGCUUCAUCAGGUACAUCGUACCUAGACUGCUUCCGGGGCACUGAUCUCCGACGGACUGAGAUCGCUGCCAUGACUUGGUUCACACAAGCUUUCUGUGGUGCUAGCCUCAUGGGAUACAGCACUUAUUUUUUCCAGCAAGCUGGACUUAACGAUUCGAAUGCUUUUUCAAUGAGCUUGGGGCAAUAUGGUAUAGGAGGAGUCGGCGUCCUAGUGGCAUGGACACUCAUUCCUCGUAUUGGAAGACGCACGCUAUACAUAUGCGGGGAUUUCGCGAUGGUCAUCCUUCUCGUCAUCAUCGGCGGACUUGGAACUAUACAUCAAGGGAACGUGGGAGCACAAUGGGGGAUAGGUGCUAUGCUUCUCGUAUUUGCUUGCACAUACAACGUCACUGUUGGUCCCAUUUGCUAUGCGAUUGUAGCCGAGAUUCCCUCGACCCGCUUGCGACAAAAGACCGUCGUUCUUGCCAGGAACUUCUACAAUCUCGCAUCAAUCGUGGGCAAUGUCCUCACACCGCGCAUGCUCAACCCUGGCGCAUGGAAUUGGGGCGCCAAGGCCGCAUUUUUUUAUGCAGGAUCAUGCUUUUGCUGCUUCUUGUGGGCGUUCUUUCGUCUUCCUGAGCCGAAAGGCAGGACAUACGGCGAGCUGGACAUCUUGUUUGAGCGCCGCACACCUGCCAGGCAGUUCGCCAGUACAGUUGUGGAGAGCUACCACGUGAGCGAUAACGACAGCGAUCUCGGAGAAAAGAAAGGUGCUUCGACCCAUCUUGAGCAAGUCGAGAGCAAGAACUGA